AUGGAGUUCUUCCAAGGCAUCUUUAGGGGUACUGAAAACGCUAUUACUCCUAAUUGUAAUGGCCUUGUCUGGAACCACCUGUCUUUGGAUGAACAGACUGACCUCAUCAGAAAGCCUUCACACGAGGAAAUUCGAACAACCCUGUUUGCCAUGAGCAGUGGCAAAGCUCCUGGCCCUGAUGGUAUGUCGGUUUUGUUCUUUAAACACUAUUGGGACUCGGUGGGGUUUGACUUCUGUGAGGCCAUUUCCAACUUCUUCAUAACUGGGCGAAUGCACAAAGGAAUCAAUGCCACUAAUAUCGUCCUGAUCCCCAAGGUGCAGAACCCGAAAAGACCUAAUCACUUCCGCCCGAUCUCUCUUUGCAAUGUGGUCUACAAGGUAAUCUCUAAGAUUAUUGCUAAUAGGAUCAAGCCUUUGCUACCUCAGCUUAUCUGCCCCACCCAAGCUGCGUUUGUACCGGGAAGGGCUAUACAAGAUAAUAAUGUGAUAGCCCAGGAAAUAAUCCACUCCUUUAAUAGAAAGAAAGGCAAAGAAGGUUUGUUUGCAAUCAAGAUCGAUCUAAUGAAAGCUUAUGACAAAAUGAGCUGGGGAUUUAUUGAUCAUGUUAUGGAAUGUUUUGCGGUUCCCCAAGAGUUCGGAACAUGGGUUUCUCAGUGCAUUGCUACCACCUCCCUUAAUGUUUGCCUGAAUGGAGGAUCUGUUGGUAAGAUCAUUCCCUCGUGCGGUCUCCGGCAAGGCGACCCCUUGUCCCCUUACCUAUUCAUCUGGGGCGCGGAAAUUCUAUCUAGACUUCUGGAGGAUGCCCAGAACUCGAGAACCAUUAGUGGAAUCAGGUUGAGUAGGGGAGGCCCGACGCUAUCUCAUAUCUUCUUCGCGGAUGACCUAAUCCUCGUGGGUAAAGCCAAUUUAGAGGAGGCCAAAGGCUACUGGGACUGCCUUGAAAAGUUUUGCGCUUGGUCAGGCCAAAAGGUAAAUAAAAUGAAGACCUCUAUUUUCUUCAGUAAGAACACCCCCAUUGCUAUGAAACAGAGGAUCAAGGAAACGCUGGGAAUUGGAUCACCUGAAGGUAACGUUAAGUAUCUAGGGCUCCCUUUAUUCAGAUCAAGACAAAAAGAUGCUGAUUUUAACUUUAUUCUGGAUAACCUGACUGAGAAAUUACAUGGUUGGAAGGCCAAGACGCUCUCGAAAGUGGGGCGAGCUACUCUUAUAAAGUCGGUGGGUUUAUCUUUGCCUCUAUACGCUAUGCAAACUACUAAGUUAUCCAACCGUCUUGCGUCUAAGAUUGAUGGACUGGUGCGUGAUUUCUGGUGGGGCUCGGAUAAGGGGAACCAUGGUUUGUACCUAAAAGCCUGGGAUAAAAUUUGCCUUCCCAAGUCGUUAGGAGGCUUAGGAUUCCGAAAAUCCAAAGAAAUGAAUCAGGCUUUCCUUGCUAAAUGGGGGUGGAACCUCCUUUCAGGUAAUCAAUCUUUAUGCUGUCGUAUGCUCGAAGCCAAAUACCUGAAGGGUUUUACUCCCACGCCGAUUGGGCGGGCUCUGAAUAGGGAGUCAAAGGUUGCUGAGUUAUUUCAGCCUAAUGGCGGAUGGAGCAUCCAAAAGCUUAAUAGUUACUUCGAUCGUAAUACUGUCUCUGCCAUCCUCAAAGGAGGUAAUCCUAUCGGCACGGGCAAAGACAGCUGGUUCUGGACCUUGGAAAAUAAUAGUCGUUUCUCCUGUAAAUCUACCUAUCGAGCCCUGGCUGAGGAUAGAGUGAAUCCAGGUGAGGUGGCCCCCUCCAUGUGGAACAAGCUGUGGAAUUCUAAAAUCCCUAAGAGGCUCAAGGUUCUUUGGUGGUGUAUUCUAUCCAAAGCUCUUCCGAUUCGCUCGGUUUUAGGUAGGAGAUUUCCUAUUGAGGAUGAGAGCUGCCCCCUGUGUGGUACGGAAGCAGAAACUAUGGAGCAUCUUUUCCUAUCUUGUAACUUCGCUUUCCACCUUUGGCGAUCCUCUCCUUGGGGUAUCUAUCCUAUUUGUGACACUGGUAUACGUGUGUGGGAUUGGGUAAAAUUCUUAUGGGACCUAAACAAAAAAGGCAUAAAUGAUCAGGAAGCUUUUCUCUAUGCAUCGCUGAUAGUUGACACAAUAUGGCGGACUCGGAAUGACAAGGUACAUAAUAAUUGUCCUGCAGAUAUUGUUAAAUGUAUUGACACUGUUCAGUUUUCUUUUGCAGAUCAUCAUGCUCACUUGCUCCCUUGCCCCAUACUGUGUCCGACGGAAGUUUGGCGCCCCCCGGAAGAUUGCGACAUCAGAGUGGGGUUGGAUAGCAUGUGUGCGGCUGUGGUUGCAAGGGAUCACGUUGGCAAGGUGAUCUGGGUGGUUACUUCUAAGAUAGAUUUUUCCAAUGCUCUCUGUGGGGAAGCAAUGGCGUGCUGUCUGGCCCUUCAGGAAGCUAAAGUUCGGGGUGUCAAGUUUCUUAUUCUGGAGAGUGAUUCGAGAGUGGUGAUCAAUGCUCUUAAUGGGAAGGAGUCCUGGUGGGAGCUUGAUAACUUCGUCUCCUUUUGUAAAAUCACCUCCCCUUUCUUUAUUGGUUGUAUGUUUGAAUAUGUUAGUAGACGAUGUAAUUUUAUGGCCCAUAAUGUGGCCAAGUGGGCGUUUUCUCAUCAGAAGUUCGGCUUUGUGCCUCUAUCCUCUAUGCCCGAAACUAUACUUUGUAAUGACCGCGAGGCUCUAUACUCGACUUCUGCAGAGCUUUUGGAUAUUAUUGACUGCUUCUUUGCUCUCCAAGAAAUGAGACUGUCUCCGAGGAAGAUACAAUACCCUGUUGUUGAACAUCAAGUAACAGGGCAAGAUGCCCAAUCAAAGUCAGAAAAACCGCGUAGUGUAAAGGCUGAAGUAGGUGAAUAG